AUGUCAUCAAACACAAAAGAUUACAAAUUACUGAUUGAAGAGGAUAAUGCCAACAUUACAACAUACCAACCACCCUUAAUCUCCAUGAAAGAUAAUCUUUCUUAUAUAUCAUCAUUGGCAGCAACGGGAAUACUUCCAAUUUUAACCUAUUGUGCUGCUA